AUCGGCGCGGCCGUGGCCCGGGCCCUGGUCCAGCAGGGACUGAAGGUGGUGGGUUGUGCCCGCACCGUGGGCAACAUAGAGGAGCUGGCUGCCGAAUGUAAGAGUGCAGGCUACCCCGGGACUUUGAUCCCCUACAGAUGUGACCUGUCAAAUGAAGAGGACAUCCUCUCUAUGUUCUCGGCUGUCCGCUCUCAGCACAGCGGUGUGGACAUCUGCAUCAACAAUGCUGGCUUGGCCCGGCCUGACACCCUGCUCUCGGGCAGCACCAGCGGUUGGAAGGACAUGUUCAAUGUGAAUGUGCUGGCCCUCAGCAUCUGCACGCGGGAAGCCUACAAGUCCAUGAAGGAGCGGAAGGUGGACGACGGGCACAUCAUUAACAUCAAUAGCAUGUCUGGCCACCGAGUGUCGCCCCAGUCUGUGGUCCAUUUCUAUAGUGCUACCAAGUACGCCGUCACUGCACUGACAGAGGGACUGAGGCAAGAGCUUCGGGAGGCCCAGUCCCACAUCCGAGCCACGUGCAUCUCUCCAGGAUUGGUGGAGACACAAUUCGCCUUCAAACUUCAUGACAAGGACCCUGAGAAGGCAGCUGCCACCUAUGAAAACAUAAAGUGUCUCAAACCUGAAGAUGUGGCUGAGGCUGUCAUCUAUGUCCUCAGCACCCCUCCACAUGUCCAGAUCGGAGACAUCCAGAUGAGGCCCACGGAGCAGGUGACCUAGUUUCCUGUGGGGAGCUCCUUCUUCCCUCCUGACCCUCGCGGCUUGGUUUAGGCCUCUGGGUUGUAGGUGUUAAUUUCUGGACUCCUGGACUCCACUUCCUUUCUCCAUCCCUACCAGGGGUUUGAAAAUUUGCCUUAAGUCUUUUUUUAACUUGUCCAUUUGUUUCCACCACAAAUGUGAAAAGUGGACUGGGGAGAGGAGGUGGUGUUCCUAAUUAUUUCACCGGUUAACUCAUUCUUGGUCCCCUUUUUGGGCUCCUUGGCCUUUGAGUGCCAUCCUUGGUCCCUUCCCUUUGACUUGGGGAAGGGCCUUUGGCCUGAAGGGUGGCUCCCCCUAUCUUCUUGCACUCCACCCCCUGUCACUCAGGGGUGAGGUAGCAGAGGGAAACCCUCACUUUUUAUCUGAGUGGUUAUCCAGGGCUCCAGCUUCCUCCGCUCCCUGCCCCACUGCCUCCACCAUCCCUUCUCUUCCCUCAUCCCAGUUCUCCAGCCUAACUGUGGCUUCUUGGCCCCUGGUGGGGGUCAUCACUCUACUCUGUCUGUGGCAGCACAACACCAGGACCUGCCUCCCGAGUGGAUUUCAGUGUGAUAAUUAAAAAAGAAAAAUUGCAACAACUGA